AAUCAUAGACGCAAUUAUAUAAGAAUCCAUUCAAAUCUCUCUCUCUCCGAUGAACCAAAAUCUCAAGGUAAUCCCUUUAACUGGAACUCUUCGUCUCCCAAGAGAAAAAGACUGGGUCUUUAGCUUUGUUGGUUUUCUCGAUCUGGGUAUUGUCUAAAACUCGUACUUGUUUGAUUUUGGGUGGUGAGUGGGGAUGAGGAAGAGGGAGAGGGAGAAUCCGUGUUGGAUCUGUGGGCACUAUCACAAGUACGAGGAAGGGGAAGUUUGUGGGAUAUGUGGGCAUAGAACUCCUGUCUCUUCCGACAAGACAUCGCUUCAAGUCAGUGCUUUCCCAUCGGAGAUCUUGCCUGACUUUCUCUAUUUGGGUAGCUAUGAUAACGCCUCUCGCUCCGAGCUUCUAAAUACUCAGGGAAUUACUCGCGUCCUUAAUACUGUACCUGCUUGUCAAAAUCUCUACAAUAAUUCAUUUACCUAUCACUGUCUGCAAGAUGACAAAAUUUUACAAUUUGAUGAUGCAAUACAAUUUUUAGAGCAAUGUGAGAGGGAUAAGGCUCCAGUCCUUGUGCACUGCAUGUCAGGAAAAAAUAGGUCACCAGCUAUUGUAAUAGCUUUCUUGAUGAGAUCUAAAGGAUGGAGACUUCCCCAAAGCUAUCAGUUUGUGAAAGAACGGAGACAGUCUGUUGAUAUAAAUCAAGCUAUCUACCAGCAGUUGCAGGAAUAUGAGCAAAAGCUCUUUUGAUCAUCACGCAAUAACCCUGCUUUUCUUGCCUUCCAACCUGACGGAGCCCCGUUCAACGUCUGCUUCUCAAAGGCAGAUGAUUCAGUUCCAAUUCCAGUCAGUAAUCUUGGUACUCCGUCUACUUUUGUCCUUUGGCCGCUCAAGUUUACAAUUGGUGCAUCAGAGCCGGAGAAGAAUCUCUGAAAACCUAGCAGAACUAGUUGCAGUGAUAUUCCAAUGGAUAACACUUAAUUUGGCUGUAAAUUUCUAGUAAAUGUUUUUUUUCCUUGAAUGUUAGAUUUGGCGAGUUUGUGCGAUGCUUUUCUGCGUGUCUUAUAAUGUUAAUGAAACACAGUCCGGCUCGUUCCAAAUUUUAUAUACGUAUAACUUCUUUUGUUUUUCGUUUCCAGAAUAAAUAUCUAAUGGUUUUGGAGCUGUU